GCUGGGGAGACACUUGACAAGGAGGGAGGCUAUGAAGCUCACAGCAGGGGUUGCUUCAGCCUGCCAUUAAUGAUUAAUAACUCAAGUCCUGGAGUGGCAAAGAAUACUGAGCAGUCUGGCAAGAGGUAAGAGAGGCCUGUCCAGAGGAAACACAGGAAUCCCUACCUCAGGCACUAAAUUGAGACACUAACUACCCAGAAAGAAACAAUCGAAAAAACUGCAAUGGCCACAGUAGUAGAACUGAGCCCUACAAGUGAGCAGAGUGAGUUCGUCCUAGGUUCAGCAGUCAAGAAGAAGACCCCUCCCCGGAAAGACCUGAGUUUAUGUUCCAUGCGCUAUGGAAUAGCCUUCAUUGCACAUUUCUGCAACUUCACAUUGAUAGCACAGAAUUCUGUCAUAAGCAUCACCAUGGUAGCCAUGGUCAACAACACAGAUCACCCAUCCCACCUCAAUAGCUCUAUUGAACAACUUCUUCCUGAUUUAAAUGGGGAUCAACAUGACGCCUCAAAGCAUCUUUCUAUAAAGGCCCCUGUGUAUAACUGGAGUCCUCAAACCCAAGGAAUCAUCUUCAGCUCUGUUCAGUAUGGCAUGAUGCUGAUGCAGGGUCCUGGCGGAUACUUGGCCAGCAAAAUAGGAACAAAGAAAGUAGUUGGAAUUGCUCUGCUUGGAUCGUCACUGCUUACAUUCUGCAUCCCACUGGCUGCCAAUCUUGGACUAGCUUUUCUCCUGGCAACUCGAGCAGUCCAGGGCUUAACCCAGGGGGCUGGAUAUGGGGGACAGUUUGCACUCUGGCAGAAAUGGGCUCCUCCGACUGAACGCAGCCGACUCUGCACUAUUGCUAUGUCAGGAAUGAUAUUGGGAUUGUUUACUGUCCUCCUUGUUGGUGGCAUCAUUAGUGAAGCCCUCGGGUGGCCCUUUGUCUUCUAUAUCUUUGGAGGUAUUGGUGUGGUCUGCUGCCUUCUCUGGCUCAUUCUGGUUUAUGAUGAGCCUGUCUCUCACCCAUGGAUAAGUAGCCCAGAAAAGGAGUAUAUUUUAUCUUCCCUGGACCAACAGUUCAGCUCAGAAGAGCAGCCACUUCCCAUCAAAGCUAUGCUCACAUCUCUGCCUCUCUGGUCCAUGUGUCUUUGCAGUAUGACUCAUCAGUGGCUUGUUAAUACCUUUGUAAUAUACACUCCAACCUACAUCAGUUCUGUGUUCAAAGUUAACAUCAGAGAUAAUGGGUUCCUGUCUUCUCUUCCGUUUUUUGUUGCCUGGGUCAUUGGUAUCUUGGGAGGCCAGCUGGCAGAUUUUCUACUGAGAAAGAACUUUAGGCUCAUAACUGUGAGAAAAAUCAUCACAAUUUUAGGAAAUAUUCCUCCUGCAGCCCUCAUUGUGGCUCUGCCCUAUGUGCAAUCCAGCUAUAUUGUUACAAUUACAUUUCUGACACUUUCCUGUGGAAUAAGCCCUCUAUGUCAGGCAGGAGUCUAUAUUAAUGCAUUAGAUAUUGCUCCAAGGUAUGCCAGCCUUCUCAUGGGAACAUCAAGAGGAUUUGCACAUUCAUCUGCUGUGCUGGUACCCAUUGUUGCUGGCUUUUUCCUCAAUCAGGACUCUGAAUUCGGGUGGAGGAAUUUCUUCUUUGUACUGUUUUCGGUUAACCUAUUUGGCUUAAUCAUCUACCUCCUGUUUGGGAAAGCAGAUGUCCAAGAAUGGGCAAAAGACAGGAAGCUCACUCGUUUGUGAAGCUGUUCCACUUGCAGUAAAAAGAAGUCAUUACAUAUGCUGGUUCCUAUGUGGGAAGACUUUCAUGAAAAAUGAUGUCAUAUAUAUUCCUCCUUUCAUCCAGACUUCUUUUGAAGAAAAUAUGAGAUGAAUAAAACAUCAAGUAAAAUGAU